ACUCAUUCUGUUUACUUAACUACUGCUCCUGAAAAACAGAAGAGGUGACUAAAAUCCUGUCAGGCAUUCCUUUUCCAUUUGGUUCUUAAAGAGCCUUCUAAUUCAGGGGGCCUUUUUCAUCCAAUUAUGAAGGCCUUCAUUGUACUAGCACUCUGCUGUAGUUUUUUCUCUAGCAGAGCCAUUCCUCUUGCAUUUGAGUUUUCGGACUGUGAUGACCCUGAUGUCUUUAAAGCUGUCGACGCAGCACUGAAGAAAUACAAUGGAGACAGAGCAACUGGUAACCAAUUUGCUCUAUACGUGGUGAUGGAAGCCAAGAGAACUGCAGGUCCUGACCCACAGUUCUAUGUGAAAUACAGAAUACUUGAAAGCACUUGUGCCACUGAGGAAAACAAACACUGGCAACACUGUCAUUACAAAGUAUCUGCAGAGGCUAAAACAGGAGAAUGCACAGCUCGAAUUCAUAUGAAUGAUGCUGAUAAAACAACUAAUGUUUCACAAGAGUGCAAAAUUUUCUCAGAUGUGUCGAAGAUAAGACUUACUGAGGCUCCAUGUCUUGGAUGCUUUCAUCACAUAUCAAGCGAUGGUUCAGAAGUGUCAGAAAUUCUGAAAAAAGCCAUUCAAAAGUUUAACAAGCACAGUGAUGAACUUGCCCUUUUUAAGCUUGUGGAAAUAAAAGAAGCUAAGAGACAGGUGGUAGCUGGAUGGAAUUAUGUAAUUAGAUAUGAAAUUGAGGAGACUAAUUGCACCAAAGACCAAUUUCAAGAUUUAACUCCAGAAUGCAAAAUUACUUCUAGAGGUCGUGUAGCUAAAUGUGAGGCCAAAGCAUUUCAGAAUCUUCAGGCAGAGAUCGUAGAUACCGCCAGCGAUUGCAAGCUUCCAGUUGAAGAAACGGUAGUUGCUGCCAUUUGCCCAGGUUGUCCAAGGACUAUCCCAAAUGACAGUCCAGAACUGAAGGAGCUACUGAAGGUUUCUACAGAGAAGUACAAUUCAGAGAGCAAUGAUGACUUCUACUAUAAAGGUGGAGAAAUACAAUCAGCAACAGUUCAGGUGGUUGCAGGAAAAAAGUAUCGAGUAAAAUUUACAGUCUGGAAGACAAACUGCUCUAAGAGUGAGUUCGAAAAACUUAAUGAAGACUGUACAGCCACAUCAAACAGUGCAUCACUGUCAUGCGAUGCACAAAUUCACGUGAUCCCAUGGCAGGAUAAAAUCUAUCCCCAGGUGAACUGCUCGGAACAGCAUCAAGCGGUGUUCUUUGCAAGAAGGCCUCCUGGAUUCACACCUUUCCGGAGCACUACGAUGCUAGGCCAGCCACAUGCAGUUUCUGCUGAUAAAAAUGAAGGAGAAAGUCAAAGCCCUAGCACAGAAACGAGGAAAGACAAUGGACAGGAACCAGAAGGCGAAGGUGAACCUGAGCACAAACACAGGCACAAACACAGGCAUAAGCACAGGCAUGGAGUUAAAAAGGAUCAUGACAAUGACAGAAGGCAUAGGCAUGACAUUGGUUGUGGGCACAGAAGUGGCCAUGGGUGUGGGCAUAAAAAACACAGUAAAAAGAAUAAACAUAAACAUCCAAACUCCAAAUCCUCUGAGGAGUCAAAUGAAAGGGGUUUUAAUCAAAAUGAAACCCUCCCAUCAUCCAGUGCUGAAACUGCACUGGAGCUGGUUAGUACAGAGGUUGCAAGGGAGGAAACCAAUAGACCUGCAGAGCCACUAAUUGUUCCUGAUACUUCUUUAUUUAAUGGGUUGCCAGAUCGUCCAGAAUCUCCUCGUCCCAGAUGUCCUGGAAAACCAUGGAAACAACUUGUGGGCUUUUCAGCCCCUCCUAGCUUUCCCAGAGAAUUCACAAAUGAGGAUCUCUUGCCUUCUGCAGCAGAAAACAUCAAUCCAGCUACAGAAAACAACGAGGAAGACUUUGAUCUCUCAGAUGCUGUAGCAUAAUUCAAACAUUGUGGGAUCCUUUCCAGAAAUGUUCAGAAAAUAAGAAUACUGCCUUUUGAAAUGUAUAAAACACGAAGAGGCAAAAGCUCAUAUUCUGUUAGCUGAAAUACUCAAGUAGGUCACCAGCACUUCUGGGGACCUAAGACCAUAUGGCAAUACUGUGUAUUUGCAUAUAUUUGCAAAUAUGUAAAUCUGUGUAACUCAUCUGCCUCAACUUUCUAUAAGCACAAACUGAAUUGCUGCAUCAAAUCUUACUAUAUUAUAUUUAAAAUAAUGGCAGAAAGAAUUUUGCAGAUUACAUGAAGAAUCUCAAUCAAAUAUGGGUAAAACAAGACUAUAUAGAACAAGGGAGCCUCUCUUAGAUAUGUGAAAUAUUUUUUCUCUAAUUUACUGAACUGGAUCAUUUAAAGAACAAAAUAAAACAAAGGAAUCUUUUUACCUGUUAAUUUCUUUAAAGAAAUCAAUAUUGCUACCAGUCUAUCACUAGUGGUUGUUCUGUUGGAUGAGAUAACAGGGACAGCUGAGAGAAUCCUAAAUAAAGCAGGUUUAUUACUCCCUAUACAUAUUAUGUUAACUACCUAGAGAAGCACGUUGAUUGCCAGAUUUUCAUUCAGCAGAGAUGAAGAAAUACUACAGAUCAGAUGACAAUAUUACGAACUCUUGAGACACCUAAAAUUUGUGUGCCUUCUUCCAUUAUUAGGUUGUGCAUAAUUUUGAGAUAGGACUGGUUUUUCUAUUCUGGGUAUCUUCCAAAAGCUGAGUUUUUGGUGCAAUGCAUUAGCUAAAAAGCACCAAAUAUUUCUUGCAAAAUAAAAUAUGUUUUCCUUCUGUA